AUGACGGCCAAGACCACUGGCCUCCUGGGGGCAUCUUCUAGGCUGGUGCAACCCAAGUAUUCCCUGGCAGAGGAGAAAGGAGCAGCACCCCGGGGGAGGCUUCUCUAUCUGAGGUGUACAAAGAAAUCCGGACGGGACCAGUCAGCGCUGUGCGCGGCAUGCUGCCUCCUGACCAGCCUGUGUGACACCAUCGGAGCGAUUCUGGCCAGACAGCUCACGAUCCAGGUUUUCACGGGUGCCUACCUAGCAGCUGUUGACUUGGUGAACUUUGUGUUCAUCCUCUUCCCGGUCUGCGGCUCCAAGUUGAAGUCUAAUUUGGGUCGGGGCUCCCGGGAGAGGAAGAGGAGGCAGCGGCUCAGGGCCAGUGUCUUUGCUCUGGCCCUGCCGCUGAGCCUGGGGCCAGGCUGGGCUCUCUGGGCCACCGUCCGGAAGGCGUCAGGCCCUGUCCGAGGGCCCCAGCGGAGGCUACUGGAGAGCCUGCUGCAGGACAACACUGAAAUCUUCGGCUACCUGCUGGGUGCCAUCGCUGCCUUCGGCUCCUGGGCUUCCCGAAUCCCCCCGCUCUCCAGAAUCUGCCAGGGUAAGGCAUUUCCCUCCAUCCACCUGUGGACCCGGCUCCUGUCGGCCCUGGCGGGCCUCCUCUAUGCCUCGGCCAUUGUGGCCCAUGACCGGCGGCCUGAGUACCUGCUUCGGGCCACACCCUGGUUCCUGACCUCCCUCGGCCGUGCUGCACUGGACCUCUCUAUCAUUUUCCUUUCCUGGGUGAUGAAGAGCAAGAUGAGACGGGCCUUGGGGUUUGCCCCUGAAGCCAGAGAGAGCCCCGACACCCAGGCCCUUUUGACCUGCACAGACAAAGAGGAAGAAAGCCAGGAGAAUUCAGACUGGGUGCCUCUCACCACAUUACCACCCUGCAAAUCACUGAGGACAAUGGCAGCCAUCAGUCGCUACAUGGAGCUGACCAUCGAGCCCGUGCAGCAGGCAGGCUGCAGCACCACCCGGCUGCCUGGCGAUGGACAGAUGAACCCUGGAGACGCGAACCUGCAGGAGCCGCCCUCUUACCCUCCCGUUCAGGUCAUCCGGGCCCACGUGUCUUCCAGCAGCUCCUGUGAAGUCUCCUCCAUCAACUCCGACCUUGAGCAGAAGUACUGGGAAGCCUUAAACUUGGAGCAGUGGGACCCUGAAGAUGUAAAUCUUGAAGGGAACAAAGACAACGUGGAGAUGCUCAGAUCCCAGGUGCACAGGUGCUCCUUGGGGCCAGUGGUCUUGACAUCUGAUGAGUAA